AUGAAGCUAGGCCGAAGAUCGGUUUGUAGCUUUCUUCUGCUGUUCUUCUCUGCUGCCUUGAGUUUUCUUUACUUUAACAACCGGAAACACUCACCCCCUAGAGCUUCUUCUGGGUUGUGGUCACCUCCUCCCAAGUCCUCCAAGCUCAAGUACCCUAACCUGGCUCCAGAGCCACGAUAUGCACACAUUUCCUUUAGGCUCAAGGAGCAGGUUGUCGGGUUGCUGGCACAAAAUGCCUGCAGCUGUGUGGCCAGCAGAGGAGGAGGACUUGGCUUCUCUCUCCCAUUCCAACGGCAGGUGCAUGCAUUUGACUUCACAUCAGCUUAUGGACCUGAGGAGCUGCUGGCAGCCACAAUUGCAAGAGAUCGGGAAUACCGAGCUUUCCAGGCCAGGGUCCAGUCCCCAGCUGACCAGAUAUUCAUCGCUCCAGCUAACUCCCCCCUGCAGUAUCCCCUGCAGGGUGUGGUGGUUCAGCCCCUAAAGACCAUCUUGGUACCAGGUCUGAGCCUACAAGCAGCUGAACAAGACAUGUACCAGGUAAACCUCUCUGCAUCUCUUGGCACCUGGGAUGUGGCUGGGGAAGUGGAAGGAGUGAUACUUCGAGGGGAGGGCCAGCUGGAACUCACUGUCUCAAGCCCAGAACUAGACCGACUCAACAGACAGCUUCAGCUGGUCACUUACAGUAGCCGGAGCUACCAGCCAGACACUGCAGAUAUAGCCCACUUCUCCACCAAUGGCCACGAAGCUGUCUUCGCUAUAGGAAUCAAGCAUCCACCCAGACCUCGGCUGUACCCACCUGGGCCACCCCCUGAAGGAGCCAAGUAUAAUAUCAGUGCUCUAGUCACCAUUGCAACUAAGACCUUCCUUCGCUAUGACCGCCUCCGAAACCUCAUCGCCAGCAUCCGUCGUUUCUACCCGACAGUCACCGUGAUCAUUGCUGAUGACAGCGAGAAACCAGAGCCAGUCAAUGGCCCUCAUAUUGAGCACUACCUCAUGCCCUUCGGCAAGGGAUGGUUUGCAGGCCGAAAUCUAGCUGUUUCCCAAGUGACCACAAAGUAUGUGCUGUGGGUGGAUGAUGACUUUAUCUUCACUGGACGGACAAAGCUGGAUAAGCUUGUGGAUGUGCUGGAGCGGACAUCUCUGGACUUGGUUGGGGGAGCAGUUCGGGAGAUCACAGGCUACUCCACUACUUAUCGACAAUUGAUGAGCAUAGAACCUGGUGGCUCUGGCUGGGGAGACUGCCUCACCCAAAGGCGAGGCUUCCACCAUGAGCUCCCAGGUUUCCCAGGUUGUGUGGUCACUGAUGGUGUUGUCAACUUCUUCUUGGCUCGAGUGGACAAGAUCCGAGAGAUUGGCUUUGACCCUCGACUCAGUCGGGUGGCCCAUUUGGAAUUUUUCCUGGAUGGACUUGGCUCCCUUCGGGUAGGCUCCUGUUCCGAUGUCUUGGUGGAUCAUGCAUCAAAGCUGAAGUUGCCAUGGGCACCCUGGGGGACUGAGGCAGAAAUUUAUGCCAAAUACCGAUAUCCAGGGGUCACAGAUGAGAGCCAGGUGGCCAAACACAAACUGCUUUUCUUCAAACAUCGCCUCCAAUGCAUGACCUCAGAUUGAUUGGCCCAGUAACCAUAGAAUGGCUGAUGCAAUGGACAUAGUGGCUACCUGACUGAAUACUCUACAGACCUGUAUACAUGAUCUAGUCACAAAAUUGCCUGCUCUUCAAUUCUGUGGCUGACCACCCAUGGACUGUUCAAGGACUAUCCAACCCUUCAAAUUCUUUGACCUUGACCCAAUCCCAGGAUGUGAACUGAUCCUGGCGACUUCCCUAGUGCCCAGAGGUACAACUGGAGCUAUGACCUACCUUCACCAAUUUGGUGACAGCACCCCCCACCCACCCAGUGCUAAGCCCUCCAUUCUCUGUUCUUAUAGAUAGAGUAAUAGAAUAAUACCCUUCUAGUGCCAAAGAGCCUGAAGGUCUCUAAGAGCCAAAUUGAAUGCACCCCUCAAGUGGAGACACCUUCCCCUAUCUCCUUAUGAGUGGAGGCUCUCGUAAUGUACAACCUUCCCUCUUUGUGCUGCACUCUGUGUCUCUGGACCAGAACUCUAUGCACCAUAUCCAGUUCUCCUCACUCCCACCCAUCACCCAGGAGAAAUUUGACUUUGGAGAUAGAGUAGGCACCUGAAUAGAGGUCUCAAGAGGGGUUAUUGAAUAAGUCAACAGUUUUGUGAUCAGUGUCAGUCUUGUCUCUUCAGGGUUGAGGUGGGGAAAAGGGUCUCUAAGGGACAUCUGUUGGA